CAGUAACACCUGUUUUUCUUUUCUCAUUCUAAAAUAUGUGCAAGUCCAACGAAUACGAACGAAGACGCACGAAUUGUUACGAAAUAACCUUCUCAACGUGUGUAACAUUAGACUCAUCCCCUACAGAUAAGUUUGUUUUGCAAAAAAUUGAAUUGAAAGUUCGGUAAAAAGUUAUCAACUUAUUAGAUUUUUGAAUUAAAUUCAAGUUGUUCCAGAGAUCCGAUCAAUUAAUGUAUUAUUUCUAUUCUUUUGAAUUCAUUCUUGCUCGUAAAGAAAAGAGAGCUGAUGUGAAAAACUUUCGGAAUUUUCCUUUUUAUUUUGUUGCUCAAGUUUAUUUGCAAUCGUGUUGUGCUAUCGAUAUAGCUUUUUGUGAAAUUUCCGGUUAAAUUUGGAUAGCCUUUUCAAGAUGCAAGUCUUAAAACCUCACUGGAUCUCUCAUGAUGGGUUACCCAUAUUUUGUAUAGAUAUUCAUCCAGAUAAUUCUCGAUUUGUUACCGGUGGCCAAGGAACUGAUUCGGGAAGAGUUGUUAUCUGGAAUUUUGAUACGGUGCUCAAUGAAGAUGCCGAAUUCGAUGAAAACAUUCCAAAAAUGUUGUGUCAAAUUGAUAGUCAUUUAGCUUGUGUAAAUUGUGUACGGUGGAGUAAUUCGGGGAAAUAUUUCGCUUCUGGCGGCGAUGAUAAACUCAUCAUGAUUUGGUCAUUCGCCAAGUAUCCUCAAGGUAACAAUGCUGUAUUUAGCUCCAAAGGAAAAGUCAACGUGGAAACAUGGAGAUGUACUUCUACCCUAAGAGGUCAUUCCGGCGAUGUGCUUGAUAUGGCAUGGUCACCUCAGGACGUAUGGCUUGCGACUGCUUCCGUGGAUAACACUAUUAUAAUUUGGGAUGCAGCAAAAUUUCCUGAAAUUGUUGCUAUCCUAAAAGGUCAUAGUGGAUUAGUGAAAGGAGUCACUUGGGAUCCUAUCGGAAAGUAUUUAUCAUCUCAAUCAGAAGAUAAAUCAUUAAGAAUUUGGCGUACUGUAGAUUGGCAAACUGAAGUUGUGAUUACAGAACCAUUUGAAAAUUGCGGAACUACAGUAGCUUUGCGACAUGACUGGUCACCCGAUGGGCAAUAUCUAGUCACCGCUCAUGCAAUGAAUAAUGCAGGCCCGACUUCGAGAAUUGUUGAACGAGAUGGAUGGAAAUAUGAUAAAGACUAUGUUGGUCACAGAAAGGCUGUCAAUUGUGUUCGAUUUAGCAGCAAUAUUGUCCAACGACGUACAAAAAAGUCCAGCAAAGAUCUGCAAAUGUGCGUUUGUGCUCUUGGUUCUAGAGAUAAUAGUGUCUCGAUAUGGUUAACUGGUUUUCUUAGACCAGUUGUCGUGAUGGAAAAUUUAUUUUCCGGCCCUGUACUGGAUUUAUCGUGGUCUUCGAUCGGUCACAAUCUAUUAGCUUGUUCUUUUGAUGGUACAGUCGCACUUCUCAAAUUCACUGAGAAUGAAAUUGGCAAGACGUUGUCUAAGCAGCAAAAAGAUAUGCUGUAUGAAAAAGUGUACGGUACCUCAACCGUAGGAUACCGCCAUUCGAAUGCUCAGAUUAUUGAAAACCCAGUUCUGGAAAAAUUACCGGAAGAAGCUGAAAAAUCAGCAUCGGAAACUAUUCUUCUGAAUGAAAAUGAACAGAAAGUAAAUCUCACGCCCACCAAAGUUCCUUUACCUGUAAACAACAAGCAAAUAGAAACUAGAACUUCCGAUGGACGAAGGAGAAUAACUCCUAUUUUUGUCGCUCCGGCGCCAGAUAUAGGGGAAAGUCCUACACCUUUCAAAGCCAAUUCAGCGUCAGCACCUUUUUCAAGCUCUAGUGAAGAAAGAAGUAAAAUUGUAAUCGAGAAGAGGGAAGACGUAAUUGUUCAGCCUAAUGUCAGUACGAACUGUAGCGGUGUUGCAAAUGUAGUCGAGAAUGAAAUUAUUGAUCCCAAGAUUAUCAGUCAAACUGAAGCAACGUCUGUAGCUCCAAGCACGACAACUUCUGCCGUUUCUAGUACAGUUAUGAAUCAUAAAUCGUGGAAGCGUUCUUUAGAAUCUUCGUUGAACGUUGUUGCUGCCAAACAGCCUCGUUUUUCUGAUGUCGUGCAAGUGCAGGAUAAUCAGAUGAACGAUAAAAAAUUACCUAUAAUGGCUGCCGGUGAUAUAAGCCAAAAGAACAUAGUUCUGCCACCUAUGAGGAUGGAUAAAAAAGCAGCGAUAACGGUUCCUGAUAAUAGACGAGCAUUGUUGAUCAACGAAUCUCAUCCUGGUAUUAGAGGUACAAUUGCGAGAAUUAAAUUGACUUCGAAAGAAUCGGAUCUCUGGGAAAAUGUUUUUGGUUCCUUAAUCAUUGGUUGUGUUGCUAAUCGUGAAGUUAUUGUGAUUGCGUUAGAGAAUAGAAAUUUAUUCAUUUUAGAAACAAACAGUGGCAAGCACGUUCUUCCUCCUCUUGUACUAUCGGCAAGAGCAAGUCAUCUAUUACUGACCGAUAAGUAUUUAUUGUGUAUUACAUGCACAGGUUUACUCAGUUUAUGGGAUAUUGAUAAAUUGAAAGUAAUUGUAUCCGAAAAAUCGCUCUCAUCCAUAUUACGCUCAACACAAGAAAUAUUCGUAAACAAAAGUUUCAUUUCGGAACACGGAGUACCAAUGCUCGCCCUUUCCAAUGGAAAAUCAUACAUGUACUCGGUCGAUUUGGACUCAUGGUUACAAUUAGGAGAUAACACCGACACCGUCGUAUCAAAUUCUAUGCAAAAAAUGAGACAGAACGUUUUACGUUCGACAGAUCGGGCCGAAUCACGUUUCCCGUUACAUUCUUUGCAAACUCAAAGUCUGAGUUUCAACAACAGUUCGAGAUUACUACAAAACACCGAUAUCAACGUUUUAUGCACGUACACCUUUUUAGAACAACAAAUAAGCGCAGCUUUGGCAUUGAAAUCAGCCACAGAAUUUAAGCAUUGGUUGUUGACAUUGGUGCAGUUUUUACUCAAUCAAGGCGAAUCAAGACGGUUACGAUUGAUUUGCGAAGAAUUAUUAGGCCCAUGUCACGAACACGCUAAAGAUCCGGGAAAUAUUUUAGGUUUACCAAAACGUCAACUUCUAAAAGAUGUUUUAGCAGAGAUAAGCAAUAGUGUUCACGCUCAGAGGCUGUAUACUGAAUUUAGUGACCAGUUGAGUGCCCUAGAAGAAGAAGGCAUGUGAAUUACGGCGCGCUUAGCGAUUUUAAAGACUGAUAAUUUUUAAAAUUUAAUUAAUAGUCGUUCAUUAUUGGUCGAAAAAUCUGCAUUAUAAAUUAUGUUGUUUGUAUUUUUGUAUUUUUAUUUUUUAAUUAUUUUGUUAAUGAAAAAAAAAACGCUUGCAUACUCCAAAUUUCGCUAAAACAUUCUUGUUUGAUUUCUUAUUUUACAUUUUGUUACCUUUUUACGAAUUUGAUCUGGUAGGUUUACUUAUCUUGUAGAAGUUUGACUUCUUUUGUGUGUGAAUAAUUGUAUCAGCGUUUUACUUCUCUCGAAUAAAUAAUUGAUUUGUUGAA